AUGGAUUUCCAAGCGCUAAAACGUCGCACAACCGACCUCCUCCACUCGAUUCCCCAGUCCCUCCCGCAACCGAACCUAUCGUCCAAGCCGACAAUCGCAACUUUAAAGGGCACCUGGGAAAAGGUCGAGCUCCCUCCCCUGCCCCGCUCCUCUCACACCGUCAAUGUCGUCUCCGGCUCCGCUUAUAUCUUUGGCGGCGAGGCCAGGCCCCGCCAGGCCGUAAACAAUGACGUCCACGUCGUAAACCUGCCACUUAGCCUAAGCGCGUCGGCGGAUUCUUAUCCCGUAAAGGCCGCUACUCUUCAAAAGCCCGGCGGCGAUGCGGACGACAAAGGCCUCACGGAAGUUCCUUUGAGCAGCAGCGAGGGGAGCCCCGCGGUAGCCGAGCCAUUAGACCAGGCUGAUACUAGUAAUGAGGCGGCGAAGCCAGCUUCAGACCUAGGAGAUGUUCCUCCAGCCCGCCUCGGCCAUGCUAGCGCCGUCAUUGUUUGGAGCGAGCUUCCGAGUCCUCCCGGCCCCGCUAGGGCUGGUUCGUCUAUAUGUGUAACCAAGGGCAAGAUCUUCCGCUUCGGUGGCUUUGACGGCAGGGAGGAGCUCGGCGGCCAAGUGGACGUUUUGCGACUGGCCUCUGAUUCCUUCAACGAUGCUGUAUCCAAGGGCGAGGUCGCUGUGACCGCCAGAGACUACCUGCUACUUCUCAUGGGCGAGGAAACGCCCGGUGACAGCGGCAACGGCAGCCCCGGCACUUUCCUGUCCGACGCUUGGGUCUUCAAUAUCCCAAGCCCUAACGGCGGAUCCAUCAAAGAUACUGUCUUCAACGUCAUUAGCAGGAAAUCUACUGCAGCCGAAGGCAGGUGGACAAAGAUUACCGCUGAGCCUUACGACGACGACGUCACGGACGAGUUGCCAUCGGCUCGGGGCUGGGUUUCUGCUGCGGCCGUCGAUGAGCUCGAGGAGCCUGCUGUCUUCCUCUGGGGUGGUAUUGGAAAUGGAAAUCAACGUCUUGGCGAUGGCUGGAUCUUGAGGUUGGGGUAA